UCUUUUAUUAUGGGCAAUGACACUUUGGAUGGUUUUCGUGAAGUGAAUCUAGCAUCACCCACUACUCCAGAUCUUUUAGGAGGGUAUGAAUCUAACACUUCUGACCAAACUACCUCACCUACUGUCAUCUACCGGCUUCGUCCCUCAGCUGUGUGCUCCAAGCCUAUUCAGCCGAGUGCCCUGGAUGUUUCUGAUCUUCCUACACAACCUGUCUAUUCAUCUCCCAGGCACCUAGAUUGUGCCGAAACAUCAGGUAUCAGCAUCAAUGUUACAGAAACUGUACCUUGUUCUACCUCAGGACUCCAGGGUGGGUCGUCCAAAUACGAUAAUUCUAGAAAGGAAAGCAAUAAUGCAGAGAGAGAAUUUUUGCAGGGAGCAACGGUAACAGACUCCAUUGAAGGAAGUGAUGAUGUUUUGGGGCUGAGCACAGAUAGUCUGUCUUGCCUGCGGAGCCCAUCGGUACUGGAAGUGAGAGAAAAGGGCUAUGAAAGAUUGAAAGAGGAACUUGCUAAAGCUCAGAGGGAACUGAAACUAAAAGAUGAAGAAUGCGAGAGACUUUCUAAAGUGCGUGACCAACUUGGACAGGAAUUGGAAGAACUUACUGCUAGCCUGUUUGAGGAAGCCCACAAAAUGGUGAGAGAAGCUUAUAUAAAGCAGGCCACAGCUGAAAAACAACUGAAAGAAGCACAAGGAAAGCCUUUUGGCUGGACCAGUGCUGGCACCAGCAACCCCUUGCAGGCUAAGUAA